AUGAUCCCCAUUCACCUUUACGCAACUCAAUUCUUCAUGUCCACGAGCCUGAAUGGAGGUAGGUCAUCUUAUGACCUUCAUCGCCACGUCUAUUGGCUUUCCAACAGAACCGUUACUAUAAGGCUGAUCUGUGCGGCUUUCAAGAUGCUUCGGCCGGCUUCAGGUCCAGAUCAGCUAAGCACGUUGUACUCACGGGCGUGGAACCAGUGGUAUUGUAUCUCAUCAGCAGACCAUCUCUGCACACGAGAGAAAAUACUCCAGCCCAGCAUGCACCCAGAAUUCAUGCCCAUGAAGCAUAAUCGACCAGAUCAAAGAUGCACAGGGCCAGGCCGGGCCGAGACCAGAAACCUGAGCGAUGAAGCCAACGAUCUCCCAGAGCCCGAUGUCACUUCUCCCCAGACUCCGAUGGUUUUGACGACUCCCUCGCAACAGCUCAUCCGAAGGCGAUCAAGGUCGAACGAAAUCCAAAUCGACGUAUCCAAGGCCAUUCGCGCGGCUCCAGACAACCCUCUGGUUCAGAAAUCUCUCCGCCGGGCUCGAAGACAUCAAAUUCGUAGGAUCAACUCGGGCCACCAGAUCGGAAAAUGUGCCGCUGAGUUUUCUUGCGCAGGAAUUUCCGAGUGCCUUGUUUCGGGGAGGUCGUGGGAGGCGUUGUUCCAUAUUGAGACCACGUCGUCUCCUCAUAGAAUCCGGGUAGAAGAAUCUCCAGCGACCUCUGGCUUCACUUUCACGCGUUUGCACACGCAAAGUGAAGCGGGAGCGGGAGGCAAUCCACUUCCGCAUUCCAGUCAACACUCCGCAACACCACCCCCUUUGUCCACCACCACCACCACCACCACCACCGCCAAAAUGCAACGCGAAGCCUACACCCCCACAACAACAGCCACUGCGGCCAACCAGCCAUCCUCUGCAGCCGCCGCCGCCGCAAACCCAUUCCCAACCCAGGCCACGGAUUCCGCGAACCAAAAAAUCCACUACAUCUGCCUGAUCCCGUCCGCUGUCUGGAAUGUGGAGAGCGCAUUUUUCACGCCGAAAGGGAAGGGUGAGCAAAGAUAUUUGAGGCGCGUUGAGGGGAGACGAACGAAUCAUGUCAAGUUACGGACCCAGGCAGGCGCUCGAAGGAUGAAUAUCGUCGAGGACUCGAGGGCUGAGAAUUUCAUCGUCGAAAAGCGGUGCGAUUCGACACGAGGAGAACAUCCGAGGUUGCUAGCAGGGUUUUAUAAACAGAAGAGCAACAACGCCAUACCUGUUCUUCGUGCCUGCCUCGUAUACCAUCGUACUCUCGUAGCCGGUCACACCAUUGAUUUGAUUCAAGUGAGGUGUUUCAUCGUCUUCUUACUGGGCUGGUCGCUGACUUUGAUCAGGACUGACGCUGAGCUAAGAGAAGCCUCUCGUGCGUAUUAUCGUCAGACUGUACCUCGCAGGGACUACGUGGCUGGGCAUAUGUGUAUGCACGAUUUAUUCAAGUCGUUCUUUCGUACUCGCACAGAAGAGAUGGUUGAUUGUUUUAAACGCGUAGAAAGCUCCAGGCUUUAUCGUGCUUGA